CCUCACUAUAAAAUCCUAUUGUCCGGUUCAGCUGUGCGUCCACCCUUCGCCCUCCAACGCUGAUCGCCUCUCUGGUGCAGGCCCAUUGUGAUCAUUAAAAUGUCAAAUCCAAAGGUGUUCUUUGACAUUGUAAUUGGAAAGAUGAAAGCAGGUCGAAUAGUGAUGGAGUUAUUUGCAGAUGUCACCCCAAAGACAGCGGAGAACUUCCGAGCUCUCUGCACGGGUGAAAAGGGGAUCGGCACAUCCGGGAAGCCUUUACACUACAAAGGGUCCACAUUUCACCGAAUUAUUCCACAGUUCAUGUGUCAGGGAGGAGAUUUCACUAGAGGAAAUGGAACCGGAGGGGAGUCAAUUUAUGGCUCAAAAUUUGCUGACGAGAAUUUCAAGCUGAAGCAUACGGGGCCUGGUGUUCUCUCAAUGGCAAAUGCUGGUCCCAGUACAAAUGGUUCUCAGUUCUUUAUAUGCACUACGAAGACCGAAUGGCUUGAUGGAAAGCAUGUUGUGUUUGGAAAAGUUGUUGAUGGCUACGGUGUGGUUAAGGAAAUGGAGACAGUGGGUUCACAGAGUGGGAGGACCUCAGAACCAGUUGUGAUUGAAGAUUGUGGUCAGAUAGCAGACACCUGAUAUUGGAUGUUUGAUUCAUUGUAACAAGAUGUAAUAAGUUACUAUCAUAACCAAACGAUAGGGGCGGUUCUUGUGCCUGGUGUCUUCAUUUAUCGAUUGCCUUUUCUAGUGUAGCUGCUUGGGACUUUAGCUGUCUGAUAAACGUAGCGCUUUAUUAUGCAGUGGAAUAACUUGUUGACCAACA